AUGUACGGAUCGAGGGGGGCAAUGUAUGGGAGCGGGGGGUUAUCAGAUGCAUACGAAAUCGGCUCAAAAAGACCAAGAAUCAUGGAAUCCAAUCCCUACUUUGCAGUUACCAGUUCCACCGCCUACAACCACCACCACCCAUACAACUACACCACCACCACCUUCCACCCAUCAUCUUUUCCGGUGGUCCGUCUGAGAGGCCUCCCAUUCAACUGCACAGACACCGACAUCUUCAAGUUCUUUUCCGGCCUCGAAAUCCUCGACGUGCUAUUGGUCAACAAAUCCGGGCGGUUUUCCGGCGAGGCCUUUGUGGUGUUCAGCCGCCCCAUGCAGGCUGAGCUGGCCUUACAGAAAGACCGCCAGAACAUGGGGCGGCGAUAUGUGGAGGUUUUUAAAUGCAAGAAACAGGAUUACUACAAUGCGGUGGCUAGUGAGGUGAGAUAUGAAGGAGGCGGCGGUGGUGGUGGUGGUGGAGGUGGUGGUUAUGAUGAUUAUUAUGGCCAUGGAAGCUCACCACCACCACCGCCGAGGUCUUCUAAGAGGUUUCUUCAAGAUAAGAUGAAGGAUGAAAUGGAGUAUACGGAGAUAUUGAAGUUAAGAGGGCUGCCGUUUUCUGUGAAGAAAUCUGAGAUUUUUGAGUUUUUUAAGGAUUUUAAGGUUGUGGAAGGGAAAGUGUUUAUUGCGUGUAGGCCAGAUGGGAAGGCGACAGGGGAAGCUUACGUGGAGUUUGAGACAAUUGAGGAAGCUAAGGAAGCUGUUAUGGUGAAAGAUAAGAAGAUGAUUGGGUCAAGAUAUGUCGAGUUGUUUCCUUCUACUCAUGAUGAAGCUAGAAGAGCUGAGUCUAGGUCAAGGCAGUAA